AUGGCUUUUGCAAUCCAUUUCCUCCUCAUCUCUUGUCUACUUGCAGCAUAUCUAGUCUCAACCUCACAAGCUUGGGGAGGCUAUGGCUAUGGCUACGGUCAUGGUUUUGGGCAUAAAUCUCCAGUGAAGAAUGUUGUCAUGAACAAAAUUGACGGUUGCUGGCGCUUGAAUUCUAACUGGGCAGCCAAUCGUCGUGCCUUAGCCAACUGUGCCACAGGCUUUGGUGAAGGAGCAAUUGGAGGAAAAUAUGGAAAAAUUUACGUAGUUACUACUCCGGCCGAUGAUCCGGUUAAUCCGAGGCCCGGUACCCUUAGGUAUGGUGCAAUCCAAACAGAGCCUUUGUGGAUAAUAUUUGAGAGGGAUAUGGUCAUUAAGCUACAAAAUGAGCUCAUUAUGAAUAGUUAUAAGACUAUAGAUGGGAGAGGAGCUAAGGUGGAGAUAGCUUAUGGACCUUGCAUCACAAUACAAGGUGUGAGCCAUGUUAUAGUACAUGGAAUUAGUUUACAUGAUUGUACAGCUGGGAAUUCUGGGAUGGUUCGUAGCUCUCCGAGUCAUGUCGGCCAUCGACAAGGAUCACCUGGUGAUGGUAUUCAAGUGUUGGCUUCCUCGAAUGUCUGGAUUGAUCACUGCUAUUUCGCACGAUGCACCGAUACCCUACUUGAUAUAAUCCAUGCUUCGACAGCCAUUACUGUCUCCAACAAUUAUUUCACCCAAAACGACGAAGUGGUUCUGUUGGGACACAAUGAUGGUUAUACUGCGGACAAGAUUAUGACAGUUACAUUGGCUUAUAACUAUUUUGGCCCAGGUUGUAAUCAAAGAAUGCCAAGGAUUAGGUUUGGAUAUGCCCAUGUAGUGAACAAUAGAUACGAUCAGUGGGGACUGUAUGCUAUCGGUGGGAGUUCCAAUCCAACGAUCCUUAGUCAAGGAAAUUACUUUGUUGCCUCCAACAAUCCUGGUUCGAAACAGGUGACUAAGAGAAUUUGUGGAGGGGGAUGGGAGGGUUGGAAAUGGAGGUCGUCCGGUGACUUAUUUUUGAACGGAGCUUAUUUUGUUCAGUCUGGAUAUGGGUCAUGUAACCCACAAUAUGGUGGCUACCAGUCGUUCACAGCUGCCCCGGCAUUCAUGGUGCCUACCCUAACAGCCGGUGCAGGUCCUCUCCAAUGUUAUGCAGGACGACGGUGCUGA